AGCAGCACUGGCAAUGUACAGAUUAUGCAGGUCUUGUUGAAGUCGUGCGCUACGGUGAAUGUGCAAGACAAGAUAGGAUGGACUCCCAUGCACAACGCAGCUCGCGUGGGAUCGAUCGAGGCGAUGGAGUUCCUCCUCCAGAGUGGAGCGAAGAUGGACUGCAGGGACUUCGACCACUGGCUGCCUCUCCAUGUGGCUAUCAGGUUCAACUUUCCCAGUGCAGUCAGCUUCCUGCUGGACAAGGGAUCGGACAUCAACGCACAAGAUAAAGAAGGGUGGACUGGAUUGCACAACGCAGCUCGGCACGGACACCUUGGGCUGGCCGACAUGCUGCUUCAGCGUGGGAUCAAUGUGUUCAAGCUGAACAGAUACAGCGAAACAGCGUUGCACGUGGCCAGCAGAAAGGGGAAGAUGAAGGUGAAGGAGCGACUGAGCUGUGCUGCUUACCUGACUGGAUCAUCAAGAUUGUCGAGAGAUUAUUGAAACAUGGAAGAGAACGAAAUAUCUUGCACGAUCUUCUGAAGGUUCAGAACCAUCAGAAGCUGAAAGCAAGCGACGUCGCAAGUACAAUCUUCAUGAAGAAUGUCUUGCACGCAGCAGAGAUCGAAGAAGUCCACUUGCCAAAGCUGAAACAAGCAGGAAGUUUCCCCAAGUUACGACCGUCCGGCAGUUUGACUUUACUGUCAAGAGGCAGCAGGUGAUUUCUGACUGCCAGUUGACC